GAAACAUUUAUUGACAUGGCAGAAAGGAUAUAACUCCAUCACACUGAUGGAGGGACACCCGGGAUCUUUACUUGAUAUGACACAAAGUGUGGUGUGUGCGGGAUGCUACCGCCUUAUCCGUGACAAGUACCUGCUUCGUGUCAACGGUGGACUUUGGCACGAGCAGUGCGUGCGGUGCGCCGCAUGCUGCGACCCACUCAGAAAUACCUGUUUUCUACGGGACCAGAAACUUUACUGCAAGCGCGAUUAUGCCCGUCUGUUUUCAGUGCGUUGUAGAGGCUGUGUGGAGGCAAUCUCCCCGGCAGAGCUGGUGAUGCGUGCUGGGGCUGAAGUCUUCCACCUGGCCUGUUUUAGCUGCAGUGUGUGCUCCUGCCGUCUACAGACUGGCGACUGCUUUGUCUUUAGGGAAGGACGGCUUCUCUGUGCCAGAGACUUGGACCUGGAAGUAGACACUUGCACCUCCUCAGACUCAGGUAAAAGUGAUGAGGAGAAAGAAGAAGAGGCUAGUGUAAAGGCUUCAGGCAGACAUAGUAGCGAAGCAGUUGUCGCUGAACACAAACAACCCAAACGUCCACGCACUAUUCUGAGCACUCAGCAAAGACGGGCCUUCAAAGCCUCCUUCGAGGUCUCCUCCAAGCCCUGUCGAAAGGUAAGGGAGACCUUGGCAACGGAGACUGGUCUGAGUGUGCGAGUGGUGCAGGUCUGGUUCCAGAACCAAAGAGCCAAGAUGAAGAAACUGGCCAGAAGACAACAGCAGCUACAGAGGCAGCAGCAGCCGCCAACCCAAGUGCAGCGUGACCACACAGCAAAUCACGGAGCGCCAUCCUGUGACAAUGUGACCUCUGACCUGAAUUCUCUGGGCUCCUACUGCCAGCCCAGCCCCCACCAACAGCAGGAGGGCCAGGUCACAACCCUCCAGCAGCAAGACCAGGACAUGGAACCUUUCAGACAGGGACUUACCCCUCCACGGAUGCCAGGGGACCACAUGCACCCUUAUGGCUACAAGGCCCUUUACAUGGAGAUGGAUGGGGACCCUCUCUAUCACCUAUACGACGGAACCUCUCUGUCUUAUGGAGACUCAUCGCUGCUAACCCCCAUUGACUGUCUCUACUCCAUGCAAGACUCCUACUUCACCUCCUGAGUAGGGAGUCUCGUCUCCCCUCACACAACCAGCCUGGACCCUCACCUCUGGGGGCACACAUGCUUCCCUGGUCCCUUGCCUCUCUCAAUGUGUGGAAACUGCAGCACUUCACAAUCACACUAUAUAUCUAAAGACUUAACUCCAAGAGGACUCUCUCUGUGUGUUUUGCAUGAUGCUUUUCAGAUAAUAAUGUAUUAUAUAAGUUAAUUACUAUAUUGGUGCAUUUUAUUUGUAUUUAUUACAUCUCGUGUCUGAGACUAUAAGCUGUUUUCAGACAAAACAAAUCACCUCUGAAUAAAUGAGUGUACUGUAA